AUCAUACAAUAGUUAUACACAAGAAUGGCAUGGCCAUGCCUUAUAUGGUUCGUUUUACCUUAUGUGACCCUUUCCCCCAUUUGAACACCCCCUCCUCAACGUUUUCUACACAGACAUUAUUGCGAUCUCCAAAUGCAGAAGACCCCGAGCAGACCACCAACAAUCCAAUAGCCGUGACCAUGCCACCACAAGCGCCGCCGAAACCAGCAAGUCAAACGGGGGUAAAGUAACUGAUUUCAAGCCCAUGCUCUGGGGUGCAUGGUUGGAGAAAAGGUUCCUUUCUUGGAUGCAGAGUGAACUGACUGGCUUUGCAGAGACUAAGAUAGAUCAUGCUGGUGGUUACACGAUUGUCUUUCAGUUCAUUUUUUACGUGGGUGAACAAGUAUAGCACCUCCCAGUUUCUUUGGUCAUAGAUCUGGUCGCCUCUUGUAGGCUACACUCAUUGUAUACGUACAACAUGCAUUUUGGGUUUAGCGCGUAUCUAUAGCUGAGGAGGCUCGCUAUCUGGCUUGUCCACAGGGCCCCCUCCUUCUCACCACUUCUCUACUUCGGGCCGCAGGAUAGUGUUGAAACAUGCCGAGACACUUGCAGGGCAGCUCGUGUCCGUCGCAGGUCCGCGAGGCUGGUUCUGGUUUGUAGCCUAGCUGGAUCUACUUUGUGGUGUAGUCUCCCCCAGCAUAUCUGAAUAUAACUAUUGCAAAGGAGGGAAACAAGUUCAAGAAUAGAAAUAACUGCCCAAGAACGAGGUGAAGAAUACAGGAGAUCUAUACACCAAUAUUGGAAUCGAUGUUCGAUCAAGCUACGACUAUGGGCGAUGGGAUCGCCGAGGACCGCAACCACCACCACCACCACCACCGUGGAUCCAACUCUCUGUACGGUGACCGGAUGGACAAAUGCCAUACCGAACUUGGGAGCAGGUCGCCGGUGCAGAGUACAACCGAUACCGCGGGUACAUCGGCGUCAACCCCCACCUCCUCCAGUGAAGACGGACAUGAUAAACUGGACCCCGUGGACCCAGACUACUGCCAGAGGAUUUUAGUUCGAGAUGCUAAGGGUACCAUCCGGGAGAUCGUGUUGCCAAAGGGUCUCGACCUCGACAGGCCAAAACGCACGCGGACCUCCUUCACUGCAGAGCAGCUCUACCGGCUCGAGCUCGAGUUCCAGCGCUGCCAGUAUGUAGUCGGCCGAGAGCGCACUGAGCUGGCGAGGCAGCUGAACCUGUCUGAGACACAGGUUAAAGUGUGGUUCCAGAACCGCCGCACCAAGCAGAAGAAGGACACGACCAAGGACUCUGACAAGCACUCCUCCUCCACCUCGGAGUCACUGGCAACCUGUAACAUUUUGCGUCUCCUCGAACAGGGCCGCCUCCUCUCCGCCCCGCCCCCCAAUCCCCCAUUGGGCCACCACCCAGGAAAUGGCUCCCUAUUGGUCAGCUCCGGAGGGGGCACCUCCUCGCCAGGCGUGAGUAGGAGCACGCCACCAGGAAAUGGCAUUCUUGGCAUGGGUGGAACUUUCGGGCUGUCACUGCCCUCCCUGGGAGGGACUUCACCUUCACCACGUCUGGGCAUGCCGCCGCCGCACUCACUGUGCUUCUCAAUGCCGCUGCUAGGGGGCGCUCAUCAUGAACUGGCGUCUGGGUACGGGUGCGGGUCCUCGGCAUUUGAGCCAUACAUGCGGCUGGACAGGAUCUCCAAGGAUGGAGAUCUAAGUGGGAAGAAGAGAGUUUCCUAAAAAGCGGCCAUUAAGGGUUUGGGAUGACCCCCCCCCCGCCUCUGGUCUCCCACCUAUCCACCCACCAACAUUGCUGUCCAUCAUUGGUUGGCCCAUCAACAUCAUUGUUCAGCUACUGCCUGCCACGGUGGGGGGGGUUACGGAACAGGACCUCGAGGUGUGACAGACAGGGGUGAUGAUGAAGCCCCUCACACACAAAAACGUUGCUUGUGAAUUAUUUGGGAGAAAUGAAAUGUGUGUGUGAUUCAUACGGAGAACAGACCUUUUUUUCUUAACGCUUCUCCUCCUUUGUUCACUUUGUCCAGUCAGGACGUUUGUGUGAUCGUUCUCUUCUUUCUUUCUUUCUUUCUUUCUUUCUUUCUUUCUUUCUUUCUUUCUUUCUUUCUUUCUUUCUUUCUGUUCCAUAGUAUGUUUUUUAAAAGCCUGACAUCGUAGAAAAGGCCCUGACUGAGUCAGUGUAAGUGAAUAAGCGUGAUGUCGUCUGUAGAUUACAUUACAAUACAAAGGAGUGCAACCAGUUACCCCUUUAACAUUCCAGCAAAAAUGACCAGGUUUCCCAUCAUGUGGCAGUUUUCUGCCAGAGCGUUCUAAGUCAAAUAAUCAUACGCGUUAGCAGUUUCUAAUGUUAAUUUGCACUGUAUAGUGUCCAACACUAAUUCCUGUAAAUUCUGUAUUUGGUUUGUUGUGUGUAUUUAAAAAAAAAUUGUGGACAAGUAAUAUGUAGAAAAAGCAGUUGAGAAAAGGUACUGGGGGUUACAGUAUGGCCUUGCCAAAGUAACGGGUUAGCAAUAGCGCCGUUAUCCUGGCCCCUCUCUGCGCCACGUCCUCACGUCGUCGUGUCGUCCAAUCAACUGGAGUAAAUCCAGGUCAACCUGAGGAGCUUGACCUCUGAUCUCUAACCCCCUGACCUUUUAUCCACUCCCAUGAGAUGAACUCUUGAUGUGUAAUUCACUGGUGACAGUAUCACUCCGUAUGCUUUACCAUUGGCUACAGAGACUACUCUCUGGUUUAAAGCCACCCACCCGCAGGUUGCCACAACAACCCCCGGUUUAGAUCAUCUCUGAAUGUUUGCAAACAAAAAGGGCUCAUCAUCGUUGGGGGGCGGGGUGGGGGGUGAAUUUGUUUUGGUGUACAUAAAAAGCGACCCAUCUGUCCCGUACAUAUCCCACCACCGCCCCCUGUGCUUGGUCUGGCCAAACACUCCUUAUCCCAAAUCUUGUGUUUGAAUGUUGUUCACGUAGGUUUGGUGCACACACAUACACAAACACACACACACACAUACACAAACACACACACAGACAGAAUUUCUAACCGGUUCAUAUCAAUCCUUCUCCUUAUCUCAUGGAAGUCUGUGUGUGAUGUUCUGAUGGGUCGACAGAUACUGUAGGAUGCAGUAGGCAUCAUCUCUUUUAAACUGGUUUCUUCUCCCAAGUCAUAAUAAGCUUUUUUUUAUGUAUAUGUUUUCUCAGAUUGGUACAUUCAAUGGCUUCUAUUUCCCCUUUCCCUGUUUAUUAUCUAACAAUUAUAUUUGGCUAUUCCUUCCUAGACCCUCUCCCGCGCUCAAGACUCGCCCAUUUACUUUGAUCUAAAGCACUUUAUGUUCCUUGAAGAUUUUUACAUGAUCUCCCAUCUCCCUCUUUUUGAAUAUAGUUUGUUGUCAUGUGCUAGACCGUGAAAGUUAUUUGAGAUCUUGAGGUAUCAGAUAUUCACAGGUUGUAUCACCUAUAGGUACAGUUCCAAACGCAGUGUACGCAGACUAUCUAGUAAGAAGACAGGUUAAGGGUUAGUCAGAGAUUCUGGAUUCAGUUCAGACACGUUUAGAUUAUUUUCUCAAAGAGACUCGAAGCUCCAAGCCCUGGUCACUGUAGUUCGACCUCAGUUUGUCAAUAUUAACUAGAGUUAUCUCCACUGGGUUAUUUCACAACUUUCUAUUUCUCACCUCUAGCUUGGUGGUUUUCCUAUUCAUCGGGGCAUGGACUCGACAAGGUGUCGAAAGCAUUCCACAGGAAUUCUGGCCCAUGUUGACUCCAAUGCUUCCCACAGUUGUGUCAAGUUGGCUGGAUGUCCUUUGGGUAGUAGACCAUUCUUGAUACACAUGGGAAACUGUUGAACAUGAAAAACCCAGCAGCGUUGCAGUUCUUGACACAAACCGGUGCACCUGGCGCCUACUACCAUACCCCGUUCAAAGGGCAGUCAUAUAUUUUGUCUUGCCCAUUCACCCUCUGAAUGGCACACAUACACAAUCCAUGUCUCAAUUGUCUGAAGGCUUAAAAAUCCUUCUUUAACUUGUCUCCUCCCCUUCAUCUACACUGAUUGAAGUGGAUUUAACAAGUGACAUUAAUAAGGGUUCAUAGCUUUCACCUGGAUUCACCUGGUCAGUCUUUGUCAUGGAAAGAGCAGGUGUUCUUAAUGUUUUGUACACUCAGUGUAUAUGGAUCACAUUUUGGGUCCCCUAUUUCUUGCUCUCAUGAAGGUCCUGGUUUGCUAUGUGAUGACAUCAAUAAAAAAGGGCCGACCUUAUCGCCGACCUUCAAAAAUAAUCGCCAAGGUCAUCUACCUAAAUUGUUCCAAAGCCUGAAAAAAUCCCCUUCUGUGAGAAAAGUGUGUGGAAAAAAAGAUUCUGAUAGUAAAACAACAGAUUUGCUCUACUACGGUGUCUCUCUGACCUUCACGUUGUCGUAGUGAAGCACCGCUGUGGGUCUUGUAGUCAUGGAAACAUCUAUGUUUGUGUGUUGUUGCUGUGGUUCUACCGGGGCUGUUGUUGAACAUCAUGUUAUUUUCAAUAAGCAGCAUCCAUAAUUCACACCGUCCUCCAUCAAAUAUUGAAGGGAGAGGCAGACCUGAGAGGCAGAGAGGUAGGGAGAUA